AAUGUGCCGAUCGUCGCGUCCUCUUGCGGCUUUUUUUUUUUUCAUUAGUGCUUUGCUCAUUUUUAUGCUGCGCAUUUCAUCACAAGUUAUUUACUCUCUACCUGCUCCUUACGUCACGUAUUUUAAGUCUGUUUCGUUAUGAGUUCGGUCUUCGUGCCGUGCGCAGCUAACCAGCUGACAGUGAGCUGCGAGCCCCACAAUCCCACGGACGGACGGAUAGAUAACCGCGAAUGACCGCAAUCAGCCGAGCCCCCUAGUCGGUGGUUAUCGCGGCGAAAAGCGAUGUCAGUCCUCCUCGCGAUUGUGACGGACUAGAAAUCGAGAGGAAGCAGUCGGCGGCAUCACUCGCGCCCGAAAGGCAAGCAGGAGCAGCGGCGGCGGUUCAUGACAGCAUCCAACAAGCCGAUGGCGUCCGCUCCGCUAGGACUUCGGCUGGUGCAGCUGGCGCUUCGUAAGUGCUGCGCUUCGAUUACGGCCGAAACGAGGCUCGCGUGCUACCGCGGCUUCGUGCUCGUCUCCACUUUCUUGGCGUACACAUGCUACCACAUGACGCGGCGGCCUCUGAGCGUGGUCAAGUCCGUGCUACACCAAGACUGUCGGUACGCGAGGCCCGACGCCUCGAUCGUCGUCACCGAGAACAACAGUCGAACGUGGUGCGACUGGGCCCCUUUCGACGGUGACAACGCACCGCAUCUCUUCUCCUACCUCGACUCCAUCUACCUCUUCACGUACGCCGCGUGCAUGUUUGCGAGUGGUUUCAUCGCGGAGCGGAUGCACCUACGCUACUUCCUCGGACUGGGCAUGCUUCUCAGCGCGCUCACCACGCACGUCUUCGGCAUGGGCCACAGCCUGGGCAUCCACUCGUUCGCCUUCUACUUCGUGGUGCAACUGCUGGGCGGCGCGUUCCAAAGCACGGGCUGGCCCAGCGUCGUCACCUGCGUCGGCAACUGGUUCGGUAAGAAAAAGCGCGGCCUCAUAUUCGGCGUGUGGAACGCGCACACCUCCGUGGGAAACAUACUGGGCGCCUACAUCGCCGGGAUGUUCGUCACCUCUGACUGGGGCCUUUCGUUCAUCGUCCCCGCCGCCAUUUGCGGCCUCGUCGGCGUCUUCGUCGUGCUCUUCCUGACGCCGUACCCUGAAGAGGUCGGAUGUGACACACCGCGGCGCAAUUCGGCGUCGUUGCAGACGUCGCUCUCUUCCGCGGUCGUCCGGCCGUCGUCUUUGGCGUCCAGCGAAGGCGAGGAGGACGACGCGAGUGGCACCCUGGGCGAAGACGAGCAGCGAUGUCUACUGGAGAGGCGGCUCAAAAGUGAAAGCGAGAAAAAAGCCGUCACCUUCUUGCAGGCCCUGGCCAUCCCGGGAGUGCUCGACUUUUCCCUGGCACUCUUCUUCGCAAAGCUCGUCAGCUACACCUUCCUCUUCUGGCUCCCGUUUUACAUUCACGCGUCCACGUCGUUCGACUCCGAGGACUCGGCCUUCAUAUCGACCAUCUUCGACUUUGGAGGCAUUGUAGGUGGCAUCCUGGCGGGCUACGUUUCCGAUCGCUCUGGCGCGAGCGCCUCUACCUGCGUGGUCUUCCUGAUAGCCGCGAUCCCCAUGAUGUUCGUCUACGAACACUUUGGCAGCGUCAGCCUGGUCAUGAAUCUCGUCCUCCAGAGCAUAGCGGGUCUGUUGAUCAACGGCCCGUACGCGCUCAUCACAACUGCCGUCUCCGCAGAGCUCGGCACGCAUCCGACGGUGUCCGGCAGCUCUAAGGCACUGGCGACGGUGACUGCGAUCAUCGACGGUACAGGUUCCGUAGGUGCUGCAGUGGGUCCUCUGCUAGCGGGACUAAUUCUGCAGUACGGCUGGAACACUGUCUUCUACAUGGUUAUGGCGUCGGAUCUUCUCGCUGUGUUGUGCCUUCUUAGGGUUACCAAACAUGAGUUCCAAAGACUGAAAUCUCGGAAAACGGCUGGAGCGCCUGUCAACUAGGGACAUUCCUAGCCAGCCUGUUUGUUCAUAGUCAGCAAAGACUGAUCAUAUAAUGUGGCUGCUGUUGUUUGGAGCCAGAAUGACUGUUUUAAGCACAGGAGUUUUAGAAAUUCCAUGCGUGGGAAUAUCAUUGCCUUUUUGUGACAAAUUUAUACACUGUCAAGUAGCCUGUGCUUUAUCACAAGUGAGACAGACAGGCCUUGAUUGGCUUCCAGAGGAGCAAGCAGGUGUAUGUUGCACAUCACCAGAGGAAUGUACAUAUAUAUACAUAGUAUACUUAUACAUCAGUGCUUGUGGUAUGUGCAACUGACUAUACAUUCCUUUUUUUAGCCAUAUGAUCAUUUUUCAUCUUCAGUUGCACACAACAAACAGCUCUGAGGUUGUGCCUGCAUAUUCUUUCAUUUAGUUUUUAAAUUAACCAGUACGGUGGAUAUGUGAGUGGUUAAAUCAAUGUGUGCAUCAAAGAAAUUAGCUAUGUAAGAACCAAUUAGCAAUAUUGACAGAAUGAAACAUGUCAUUGCACCAUAAGAUUGUACAAUCACUCAUCUCAUCACACCUAUUUUCCUUAUUUAGGCAGCUUAUCCUCAAGAGGCUACACUGCAGGUUGGAACAAAUUUCACUCCACAGUGCUAAAGACAUUUUUGCAAGCAUGAGUAUUUGUAAAAAGUUUUAGUAUUUUUAUCCAUGACUGUGUACUGGGAUGACCAGAAAAGUUUUCUUUUUUUAUGCAAGCAUGACUAUUUGUAAAAAGUUUUAGUAUUUUUAUCCAUGGCUGUGUACUGGGAUGACCAGAAAAGUUUUGAUAUAUGCUUAUCAGAAGGGAGGGCACUUUCUGACCCACCAUCAGGAGAUUAGACAGGGCACAUUGACAUAUUUCAAACAAUUCACAAUAAUCCUUAGGACAGGCAUUAGCAAUUGUACUAGUAUGUGCUUUGUAAGCAAAGAUAUAAGAGGUGGACAACCUUUUCUGGUGACCAUAGUACACAUGCUGCCAGCAGUAUUGCUGACAGAAAUGUUCCUUGUAAUAUAAAAACCUGUCUUCCGGUGACUGCCGAAACUGCACCGGCAUUUCACUGCCAGUAGGCAGAUCAUGUGCUUAUGUGAUGUUGUGACACCCAAAUACAGCGUGGAGGGAAAAGAUCUGAAAGCCACUAUUGUUAGUGUUGUGAGCGCUGUACACAAGGUGAUUGUCGCAGUUAUUAAAUUACAAUUUCGUAUAUUGUGUCA